AUUAUAAAAAUUUUUGAUCUAAAGGUGAAAAAAAAUGCUUAAUAACAACAUUAAUUCAACAACAGAUGUCAAAGAAAUAACAUCCUUGGCAGAUCUAGAUUGGUUUCAUGGAGAUAUCAGUCGUUUAACAGCAGAAACUAUUUUGAUCAAUAAUGCAAAUGAAGGAACCUACUUGUUAAGAAUUAAUUCUGAUAAGCAAAACUAUUCCGUCUCUGUGCGCUGUCAGAACUCUAUCAAACAUUAUGUGAUUAAUCAUGAUAAAAAAAAAAACAUCUUUGUAUUUGGAACAGCUACAUUCUAUUCUUUGAAAGAACUUUUGGAUCAUUUUGAAUCACAUCCGGUGCUUAGCAGUGCAGAAGAUGAAACAGUUGUUCUGCAAAAGCCUUAUAAAAACAAAGAUAAUGAUUCGUUCAUUGAUGGAUAUGUUUAAAGAAAGUGGUCAAUUUAUGAAAAGAGUCUGCAAUAGAAUACAUAAAGUUUACACUAAAAGCCGAUCUGUUGUUUUACUGUACUCUUAUGUUGCUGAGUGUUAUAAAGUUUUUACAUAAUUUUUUAACAUUACAAUUGUUGGUGUUUUACCCAA